CCGUUAGGCUGAGGAGUUUGACAUCGGUGGACCCGGCUAGCUAAAUCACCGGAUACCGGCUUUACACUUUACAUGGAGCCCUGGAACAGCUGUCCUAGCGUUGAGUCGUAGUUGACAACUGUCUUAAUUUAAUGGAUUAACUUCGGCGUUAAUUUGACAGCAUUAGCUUGUCUUUUGCUGUUGCUAAGUUAGUUAGCUAGCCAGUUAGCUAACUGUAGCGCAUAAGCUAGCGUGACUAACGUUACGUCCGCAGGAGAACAUUCUGCCUUGGAGGAAGGAAGGGAGGAAAUUGAUAAGUAGGAUCACUGCGCACCGCUGCUUAUGCAAAGCUAGCACACUUUUUGCUCUCCCGAGUUCACGCACUGUGACGCAUUUAGAAAAGGUGACUAUCUGUGCACCCCGUGUGACAUUUAACACAGUUUGGUUAAUAAGAUUGCUGUUAGUUGGCACAGCUAGCUGUCAACAACAACAGCCCUCUUGGUUAGCUGAGUAACGGACGAGAGCUAGCAGGCUAGCCACAAACUUUUAAAGAAGUUGUGUAAGUCAGAUUCAGCUCUCUGGCUGGUUUAGGCUAACAAGUAAACCGGUGUUUUAGCUUCUCUUUGUCGGACUUUUCCCACUCUGAGCCGCUCUAGCUGUAGAGCGACAGGAGAAGCUCAUGGCAUCGGAUGUGAUUGAGAGUGAAGCGGUGCUGAAGGGUGUAAGUGAUAUGAAUUUGAACAAUAGCAGCCCAGAUUUCGGCACACCCAGCAGGACUCAUGAGGAGCUGGGAAACAGACACACGUCUAGCCCGUCAUCUUCGGGAGUGUCAGGAGAAGGUGACGAGGAGGAACUAGAGGAGUUGGAAAACAGCACGGCGUCUACAAUUGAAAAUGGCGAAGAGGCACUUCAAGAGAGUCUAACCAAAACAAGAGGUACGCCACAGGAAAGGACAAAUCCAGACAAUGAGCAGACACAGUCGGGAGCAACAAGCUCUACCCCGGUGAGCCUUCCCCAGCCACGCUCACCUCCUGGACCCAUUGGAAGCCUGGAGCGCCAAGAGUCAGUCGCCACGACAGAAGCUCGCCUAAGAAUGGAAGGAGUCGAACUGAAGGAGGAGUGGCAGGAUGAGGACUUCCCACGGCCCCUACCAGAGGAAGAGGAGCUGGAAGAUGAGCUUUUUGCAGGAACCUCUGAGGAGACAGAUCCUGGCUAUGCAAUGGACCAUGGCAAGAAGGCAAAGAAGAAGCUUGCAGCUCCAGACAUCAGUCUUACACUGGACCGCAGCGAAGGUUCUCUUCUGUCUGAUGAGCUGGAUGAAAGCACAGAGCUGGACCUGGAUGACAUAGACACACCUUCAGACAACAGCAAUGAGUUUGAAUGGGAAGACGAUCUCCCCAAGCCGAAAACUACAGAACUACUGCAGAAGGGCGUGGAGUCAGUGCAGGAGUACUCCGCCUCGGACGAGAGAGAGGAGGGACGACGCUGGAGGGUGUUUCGUAUCGGAGACCAGGAGCACAGAGUGGACAUGAAGGCCAUUGAACCUUACAAGAGGGUUAUCAGCCAUGGAGGUUACUAUGGAGAUGGCCUGAAUGCCAUAAUUGUGUUUGCUGUGUGCUUUAUGCCUGAGAGCAAUCAACCAAAUUACAGAUACAUCAUGGACAAUUUAUUCAAAUAUGUCAUCGGCACACUGGAGCUUUUGGUCGCAGAGAACUAUAUGAUUGUGUAUUUGAACGGGGCAACCUCUCGGAAAAAGAUGCCGACCGUCGGCUGGCUCAGAAAGUGUUAUCAGCAGAUUGAUAGGAGGUUAAGGAAGAACUUGAAGUCUUUGAUAAUUGUCCAUCCCUCUUGGUUUAUUCGUACCCUGCUGGCACUCACAAAACCUUUCAUAAGCUCCAAAUUUAGUCAGAAAAUCAAGUAUGUGUUCAGCUUGACAGACCUCGCAGAACUAGUUCCAAUGGAGUAUGUGUCCAUACCAGAUUGUAUCAAACAGUUUGACGACGAAAAAAAUAGGAAAAGCCGUAAAAGGUUUAGAAUGUGAUGUGGUUGAUGUUGGGUAAGUGUGUUCAUGUUUGUGGAACAACAGGGAAGUAGGCUGUCCUAGUCACUGUGGUUUUGUGGUUGCACCGUAACCAUGUCCUCACAUGGUACACCCCCCCCCCCCCCCCCAAUUCAGUAACUCGCCCUCACUGAACACUCGGCUUGUCCACUCUCACAGCUCUUUGCAUGACUCACUGCAAACCCACUCCCUGCUGAUGUUUAGCAAUCGCCACAAACCUUCUGUCAGCCUGGCUCAUGCACACAGAAAUCUUCUGCUCAUUACUGAGAAGUAGUGGGCGUGAGGUUAUUAAGCUGCAGAUACGUCGUGGCAUGUUAGAAGAUUAGAAAAGUAAUAACCACGGGGUUGUAGAGGAGACUCGGUAUUGCGUUUACAACACUGCUACAACUAGUUGCACUUCUCUUGCUGGGUGCAUGAAGUUGAGCGGCAAACUUGCAAGACAAAUGCACUGAAACCUCACACAUCGACAUGGAAAAAUUGCACAUUUUAAGCACAAAGGUUGCACUUAUCUGUGCUGCAGAUAAUGAACGCAGCCUGUUCUCUGACAUUGAUUCAGGGCUUCUUCACUACAUAUUACAAUUACACAGUAGUGCGUUUGUCUUGCAAGGUUUCAAGGGAAGUAAUAACCUCAUAAUAAUACAACUGAUAUUGGUGGUUUGUAUUGCCCAAAUGUUUACAGUGCUGUCAGUAAAAAGAGCAUGGAUCAUAUUAGGCAGAAUUUGUAUCCAGUUAGUGAAGUAUGCUGAACAUCUGGUAAGUAAAAAACAAAGAAAUAGAAAUGCUCUCUCACUCUAAGAAAUCCCUUUGUAGUGGUGUAAAGGUAAUGAUUACAUAGCAGGAUAUGAAUAUGUGAACAAAGUGUUAAUAAGCAGUGUAGUAGCCUGUUGGUGCUUUGAUCAUUAGUUAUCAUAGCCCUGUUGGACGGCACCCCAGUCACACAGAUGUCUGACGGCUGUCGAAUCUGUCCGCAGAAUCGACCAGGACAUGCACGGCAAAGUGGAGGUCGCAGCUGCUGCUGUUCCAGAGUGACCCUGCUCGCACUGCAAGAUGUGGAGGCGGAGAAUAUUUUCCAGCAGCCACUCUUUAUGUUUAUGUUCUGGACAACGUGACUGAAGCGCUUCGCAUCAAGAAAGUGCCUUUUUGAAACUGUGCUGCCUGUUACAUUGUGGAACUUUUUACAAGCUUGAUCUUCAGCGUUUUUUUCCCAAAUGCUGGCUGAAAUGUUUUUAAUCUUUUCUUUUUCUUUAAUUUUUUUAUCUACUGCUGGUAUAUCAUGUCAAACUUAGUUACUUAUUGGUGUUCCCUAGUUACUGGUGUAAUCUACACGUUAUUUAAGGCACUCUGUUACAAAUGGUUGAUGCAUGUUCUGCUUUAUUACAUUUAAAUAUAUAUUUAUAUUCAAAAGGUGACAAAGGAGAGAAAUUAAUAUAUUUUUAUGGUUGCUCUGAUUUUUAAACUGCAUUUUAGGUUCCUGACCAGUCGAGUGGCAUUUCAUAGAACAAGUUUUUGACAGCACCUUUUUUUUUUUUUUUCACUGUUCACUGCUGACGAUCUCUAUCAAAAUCCUGCCUGGGGGGAAUAUUGUUUAAUGUUUUACCUCUCACCUGAAUGUGCCCUCUGACUCGUGGAGGGGAAACAUUUGUGAGAGCAACAAUCUGAAGCAAAGAUGUUAGGUCUUAAUGUAACAUUUUCUCCAAGUAAAGUCAUGGAUCCACA